AUGAACGGCACCAGCAGCAGCUUGAAGGCAAUACCAGCAGCAUUCGACGGUGCUAUAGACGCCGUUCUCGAACUCAGCGAUGGCUCCUUGUUCCCUGGGACCAGUUUUGGAGCAGCAGGCAAGAGCGUCGCAGGCGAAUGCGUUUUUCAAACUGGCAUGGUUGGCUAUACAGAGGCCCUGACCGAUCCCUCCUACGAGGGCCAGAUCCUUGUCCUCACGUAUCCUCUCAUUGGCAACUACGGCGUACCAGAGCGUGUGAAAGCAGAGCUAGACAAGAUUCCAGACGAUUUCGAGUCGUCUCGAAUUCAUGUCGCUGCGCUCAUUGUCGGUUAUCACUCUGAAGAGUUUAGCCACUUUCUGGCAGCGUCAUCUCUCGGCGCGUGGCUCAAGGAGAAUAAUGUACCAGCGAUCCAAGGAGUAGACACUAGGGCUCUUACCAAGCGUAUUCGCGAGAAGGGUUCCCUGCCCGGGAGACUAUUGGCCAAACGAACCAGCGGUUCUCUUGUCGAACCCAUCGGACCUCCACAGACCCCCUUGACACAACGUAACCCUUUCUCCGGCUAUGCAGACUCUUGGCAAGAAGAAUUUGAUGUCGUUCCCUUCCAUGAUCCAAACCAGGACAACCUCGUCGCCAUCGUGUCUACCAAGCAGACCCGUCUCUUCAAGCCGAGCUCCGACUCAAUUCGCAUGCAUCCGACCGAGAAGCGUCCUCUGCGCGUACUCGCCAUCGACGUCGGCAUGAAGUUCAACCAAAUCCGCUGCUUCACCAAGCGUGGUGUAGAGUUGAAGGUGGUCCCUUGGGACUACGAUUUUUUGGCUUCUUCAGAGGUCUAUGAUGGUCUCUUCAUCUCAAACGGCCCAGGUAACCCAACCAUGGUCACAAUUACCAUCGAACGGCUGCGCAAGGCACUCGAACGGGAUACACCCAUCUUCGGCAUCUGUUUGGGUCACCAGCUGCUCGCACUAGCCGCUGGUGCAACCACCUCGAAAAUGAAGUACGGAAACCGUGGACAUAAUAUUCCGUGCACAGAGUCGUUCAACGGACGCUGUUAUAUCACGAGUCAAAACCACGGUUAUCAAGUCGAGGUGCAGAGCCUGCCAUCCAACUGGAAGGAGCUCUUUAAGAACGCCAACGAUGGUAGCAACGAGGGUAUUUACUGUCUCGAUAAGCCAUUCUUCUCGGUCCAGUUCCACCCCGAGUCGACUCCAGGACCUCGCGACACAGAGUUUCUCUUCGACGUCUUCCUGAAGAAUGUCGAGGAUACCAUCCGUACCAAUGAUCCACUGCCCAUUUCCCUUGCUAAUCGCAAAUACACUCCCGGUUCGACCCGCGUCAAUGUCUCCAAGGUCUUAGUUCUCGGCUCCGGUGGUCUCUCCAUCGGUCAAGCCGGAGAAUUCGAUUAUUCUGGUUCUCAAGCUCUCAAGGCACUCAAGGAGGAGGGAAUAUACACCAUUCUCGUGAACCCCAAUAUCGCCACCAUCGCCACUUCCAAAGGAUUGGCCGACAAAGUGUACUUCCUCCCCGUCACCCCCGAGUUCGUUCGCAAGAUUAUCAAGUACGAAAAGCCAGACGGUAUCUACGUCACAUUCGGUGGUCAAACCGCCUUGAACGUUGGCAUCAAACUCCGCGAUGAGUUUGAGGAACUUGGAGUCAAAGUACUUGGCACUCCGAUUGCCACUUUGAUCGAGACCGAGGACAGACAACGCUUCGCGGAUGCCAUGCUCCAGAUUGGCGAGAAGUGUGCUGAAUCUGCGACUGCUACCACGCCAGACGACGCGGUUAUUGCCGCGAAUAAGAUUGGCUUCCCAGUUAUUGUACGUGCAGCAUAUGCUCUCGGUGGACUUGGUUCUGGGUUUGCUCAGAAUGAAGCCGAACUCCGCGAGCUUUGUGGCAAGGCAUUCGCCACCAGUCCUCAAGUUCUCGUCGAGCGGAGUAUGAAAGGGUGGAAGGAGAUUGAGUACGAGGUUGUGCGCGACUGCAGGGAUAACUGCAUUGUCGUGUGUAACAUGGAGAACUUUGACCCCCUGGGCAUUCACACAGGCGACUCUAUCGUUGUUGCUCCUUCGCAGACACUUUCGGACACGGAUUUCAAUAUGCUUAGGACGACAGCAAUCAACGUGAUCCGCCAUCUCGGCGUUGUUGGAGAAUGCAAUAUUCAAUACGCUUUGAAUCCCAAUUCCAGGGAAUACUGCAUCAUUGAGGUCAACGCUCGUCUGUCAAGGUCGUCGGCUCUUGCAUCCAAAGCCACCGGAUAUCCUCUAGCCUUCAUCGCGGCUAAACUCGGUCUUGGUAUCCCUCUCAACGAGAUCAAGAACUCUGUUACUAAAGUCACAAGCGCGUGCUUCGAGCCAUCCCUCGACUAUGUGGUUGUCAAGAUUCCUCGAUGGGAUCUCAAGAAGUUCACUCGUGUCAGCAAGGUCUUGAGCAGCAGUAUGAAGAGUGUUGGAGAGGUGAUGAGCAUAGGGCGAACCUUUGAAGAAACGAUUCAGAAGGCCAUUCGGGCAAUCGAUGAUCAAUUCUUAGGAUUCGGCCAGAACGAUAUCUGUGUCGACAAUCUCGAAGAAGAGCUUUUCAAGCCCACCGAUAAGCGGAUCUUCGCUAUCGCCAACGCAUUCCACAAAGGUUAUACUGUCGAAAGCAUUUGGGAGAAGACAAGGAUCGACAAAUGGUUCCUUACACGGCUAUUCUAUCUCUACCAGACGGAAGUUGAGCUGUCUAAACUAUCUGUCUCGACUAUUACCCCAACUAUACUCCAGCGCGCAAAGCGUAUGGGCUUCUCCGACAAGCAACUAGCGAGCUGUAUGGGCUCUACGGAACUUGCUGUUCGAAAGAUGAGGCAGGAGAACAGCAUCGCUCCAUUCAUCAAACAGAUCGACACGGUUGCGGCAGAGUUUCCUGCCGCAACCAAUUACCUCUACACCACCUACAACGCGAUGGAGCAUGAUGUCUCAUUCAACGAUCAAGGUGUCAUCGUCUUGGGAUCUGGAGUAUACCGCAUUGGUUCCUCCGUCGAGUUUGAUUGGUGUGCCGUUGGUGCCAUUCGGACGCUGCGAGAGCAAGGCCUAAAGACGGUGAUGGUGAACUACAAUCCUGAGACAGUCAGUACCGACUACGACGAAGCCGAUCGUCUCUACUUCGAGAACAUCAGUCUCGAGACUGUUCUUGAUAUCUACGAUACCGAGAAGGCGGCUGGAGUCAUUAUCUCCAUGGGUGGGCAGAGUCCGAACAACAUUGCUCUCUCACUUCAUCGCCAAAACGUCAAGAUUUUCGGCACGUCACCAGAAAUGAUCGAUACAGCGGAGAAUAGGUUCAAGUUCUCCCGUCUACUGGACCGCAUCCACGUUGAUCAGCCCCAAUGGAAGGAGCUCAAUAGUUUUGACGAGGCACGGGCCUUUUGCGAGACUGUUGGGUAUCCCGUAUUGGUUCGACCCUCCUAUGUGCUCUCUGGUGCCGCCAUGAACGUGGUUUCUUCGGCGGAUGAUCUCCACAACUAUCUGACCCAAGCGACUGCAGUUUCCCGUGAUCAUCCUGUGGUUAUCACCAAGUACAUCGAGGAGGCCAAAGAAAUUGAAGUCGAUGCAGUAGCCAAGGACGGAAAAUUGGUGAUGCAUUACAUCUCAGAGCACAUCGAGAAUGCUGGUGUUCACUCUGGCGAUGCGACGCUCGUCCUUCCACCUCAAGAUCUUGAUCCGGAGACUGUUAGACGCAUUGAAGAUGCAACUGCAAAGAUCGGCGAGGCAUUAAACGUCACUGGUCCCUACAACAUCCAAUUCCUUGCGAAGAACAACCAGAUCAAGGUUAUCGAAUGCAACCUUCGUGCCGCUCGCUCUUUCCCUUUCGUAUCAAAGGUCACUGGCGUCGACGCGAUUGAGAUGGCUACCAAGGUCAUGCUCGGUAUCCCAGUAGAACCAUAUCCAUUAGUAGACCUCCCAUCAGACUACGUUGGCGUCAAGGUGCCGCAGUUCUCCUUUAGUCGUCUCUCGGGUGCAGAUCCUAUCCUCGGUGUUGAGAUGGCCUCGACGGGAGAGGUCGCCUGCUUCGGAAGAGACAAGUACGAGGCGUAUAUCAAGGCACUUCUGUCCACCGGUAUCGUUCUGCCCAAGAAGAAUAUUCUAUUCUCCAUCGGCAGCUUCAAAGAGAAGCUGGAGAUGCUUCCUUCGGCACAGAAACUAGCUGCUGCGGGCUUUACCCUGUUCGGAACGUCUGGCACCGCUGAUUUCUUCAACGAACAUAACGUUCCCUGCAAGUACCUGGAGGCACUUCCAGACGACUAUUCGGAGCAAAAAUCCGAAUUCUCCCUCACCCAGCACCUGGCCAGUAAUGUCAUCGAGCUCUACAUCAACCUUCCGUCCAAGAACAGGUACCGAAGGCCAGCAAGCUAUAGCUCGAAAGGCUAUCGCACUCGCCGAAUGGCCAUCGACUUUGAUAUCCCCCUCAUCACUAAUGUCAAAUGUGCCAAGAUUCUCGCGGAAGCAUUGGUUCGCAAGAUGCCCUUGAACGUGUCCGCAGUGGACAGCAAGACUUCCCACACGACACACGUUCUUCCUGGUCUUAUCAAUAUAUGCGCAUUCACUCCGAACAUCGCUGUUCCCAACUCCGCCGAUGUCUCGGAGGUCUCCAAAGCUUCAGUUUGCGGUGGAUUUACCACAGCCCUGUUGAGCCCGAUCGGCCUGCAUGGUAGCAUUAUCGACGAUGCAUCGUUGACCACUGCUCAGAAGAACGCCGCUGGGUCAUCCCACUGCAACUAUUCCCUUUCGGUCGCUGCAACGGGCGCCAAUAUCAAGGAGAUCACAGAUGAGGUGGCUGGGGAGGUGAAAGCGCUCUACCUUCCUUUCAAUCCCAUUCUUCAGGCAUCCCCUGUGACUGCGCUGGCAGAGCAAAUUGCUCGUUGGCCUGCGGAUAAACCCAUCAUCACGGAUGCCAAGUCACCGAAUCUUGCAUCCAUCCUUUUGUUGGCGAGCCUUCACCAACGGAAGCUUCAUGUCACCGACGUUAGCACCAAAGCCGAUAUAGAACUCAUCAAACUCAGCAAAGGGCGUAACUUGGGGGUUACGUGUGACGUUGGCGUCUAUACGCUCUUCUUCGAUCAAAUUUCAUUUGCCAACGUUGCAUCUCUCCCCACUAAAGAGGAUCAAGAUGCUCUGUGGGAGUCACUAGAUAUUAUCGACGCAUUCUCUGUCGGACUGGUACCGUAUCAGCUGGCCCUCGAGCUUGGACAAGAUGUCUCUCCACGCUCUGGCGUUGAAGAAGCGCUACCCUUGCUCCUUGGAGCCGUCCAAGAGAAGCGUCUCACAUUCGAGGACAUCAAACUGCGCUUACAUGAUAACCCGGUCAAGAUCUUUGGCAUUCUGGAGCAACCUCAGACUCAGGUCGAAGUGGUGUUGAAUCGGGCCUCGCCAUUCCGACAAAAGUCCAAGUGCUGGUCACCACUUCAAGGGAAGAACGUCGUGGGAAAUGUCAACAGAGUGCUUAUCCAAGGACAAACUGUCUUCCUCGACGGCGCUGCCUUUACGUCUGCUAUUGGUCGGGACCUCUCAUCUGCAGCCUUUACAAUUGGUAGGCAGGCAGACAGAGCAUCGCGAGGCUCCUUUGCGUUUGCUAGGCCGUCAGCUUCCGAGUUGGCACAAGCUCCCGCACUCACGGCUACAACUCCUGCGACCCGCGCAGUUGCAGAGACGGUGACAAAUGUUGGUUCGCCGCCGACGAACAGACAAAUACCAGCCCCUGCAAUCACUAGUGUAGCUCUGGCCUCACUUACUCGACCACAUCCAGCUUUCCAUCGCCGACAUAUCCUCUCCGUCAAGCAAUUCAAGCACCAGGAUAUCCAUGAUCUCUUCGAUCUCGCCCACGAGAUGCGAUUGCAAGUUGAGCGGAAUGGCUCUAUUGACCUGCUCAAAGGCCGAGUCCUUUGCACCCUCUUCUACGAGCCAUCAACCCGGACGAGUACGUCCUUCGAAGCGGCUAUGAAGCGGCUGGGAGGAGAAGUAGUGCAAGUGACGGCAAACACGUCUUCGGUCAUGAAAGGAGAGACUAUUGCAGACACGAUCCGAACCCUCGCUUGCUACGCGGAUGGAAUCGUGAUCCGCCACCCGGCUGUCGGGAGUGCGCAGACUGCUGCAAACUUCUCGCCGGUUCCGAUCCUCAACGCUGGGGAUGGCAUCGGAGAGCAUCCGACGCAGGCUCUUCUCGACAUUUACACCAUCCGGUCCGAACUUGGCACAGUCAAUGGUCGUACGAUCACGCUACUUGGGGACCUGAAGAAUGGCAGAACGGUGCAUAGUCUCGUGACGCUGCUCAUGUUCUAUUCGGUUCGCCUCAACUUUGUCUCUCCACCUUCGUUGGCGAUGCCAGACUCGAUCGUGAACGCUGUGCGCAGGGCGGGCAUUCCUUUCACCAUCUGCGAGUCUCUGGACGACGUGCUGGAACACACGGAUGUGCUUUACGUCACCCGCGUGCAAAAGGAGCGAUUCGAGAGCGAAGAGGCGUGGCAGGCGGUCGCGUCGAGCUACGUGGUGAAUCACGCGGUGCUCGCCAGAGCGAAACCGGAUAUGAUCGUGAUGCAUCCACUUCCUCGUGUCAACGAAAUUGACCCAGAAGUCGACUUUGACGCUCGACGUGCGGUGUACUUCCGCCAGAUGCGUUACGGUCUCUUUGUUCGAAUGGCACUCCUCGCCAGUGUCCUUGGAUAG